CCCAACCCUGCUGGCUGAGCUGCCAAAACCACCCUCCAACCUCCAAACGCUCCCACAGAAACCUCACCUCAACCCCCCCCCAGUCUUUGGAAACUCAUAUCGUCUCCCAGCAGCUGGCCUGCUCGUCUCCUCACUCUCGCCCACCACUCCGACCAACACCCCCGCAAACAUGGCACGUUCACACAAGAAAAAGAAACCCACCGCAUCCUGCUCCUCCUCCUCCUCCGCCAACCCCCCAGCUCCACAACCACAACCACAACUUCAACCGCCAAAACCCGAACAACCGACCCCCUCCGGCAUCUCCCUCGCAGACUACGACUCAACCCCCGAACCCCCCGGCCGCAUGACUCGCAACCGCAAAAGACUCGCUGAAGGGAAAGAGGUCCAAAAGCCUCGUUAUCGAUUUGUCACCGGCCGCCACUCGGUGGUCGAGAGGCCCAGGUGGUAUAAUCAGACCUAUAUUCUGUUUCUGGCCUUGAAGGAGCUGGGGAAUGGCCCGGUGCCGAGAGGACAGUUGAUUCCAAAGGCCCUGGAGUUGGAUAAACGGAUUGCUGAAGAAAAGGGACUGCCGCCGUUGUUUGGUGGGAAGACACCACAGAACACAGCGAGCGGGAUUUUAACAGAGAACCGCGACAAGAUGUUCAUCUCCUUCAUCCCCGACGGCAAACGGCACGUCCACUUCAAGCUCGCAUUCGAGCCGGGCAAUGUGGAAACUUCCUUAGCGCUGUACAAGAAGUGGCUGGAUGACUUGAUUACCGUGCAUUGGCCGUACCUGUUCAGUAAACGGAGGGCGGAAUAUGAUGCGCGCCGGAAGGCGGAAUUGAGGGUGGCCAAGAUGGGCCCGAGGACGGGGGGUGGUGGUGGGGAGGCGAGUCCUCAGCCGGCCGAUGCAGGGUCGAAUGGGGUAGCGAAACGACCGUUGGAGGAAGACAAGGAAAACACAUCAACGCCGAAACCGGUCUCCAAGAAAGCCAGAACGGAAACAUCAUCAUCACCUAACGACACCCCGGUGCAUGGCCACGCCAUCCCCAUCAUCAGCGACGACGCCCAGCCUACCACCGGCACAACAGGGGCCGCCACCGACGACCGCAAGACCUUUGAGGAUUGGUACCCGGGCUUUGAGUUUGCGGAGGAUGACUGCAUACCCACGUCUUUGCAUGAUAUUUUGGAUGUUCGGGUGUCAACGAUACCAAACGCAGGCCGCGGAGCCUUCGCCAAACGCUUCAUCCCCGCCCGCACCGAGAUCGGCUUCUACUUUGGCGUGCCGAGGACCGAAGAUGAAUUCGACAUGCUCAAGGGACAUCUCCCCCUCCCCAACCACUACGCCCACCGCUAUCGCCUAACAGUCAUCGACGCAACCAACGACGCUGGGAUCCCCUACGGCGACGACCCCGCCUAUUUCUGCCCAUUCCACUAUGUGAAUGAGGACCCCGCCCGAGCGAAUCUGGCAUAUGAUAGGGGCGCGGAGGUGAACCAGAUUGUGUGUGUGGCGACGAGGGAUGUGCAGGAGGGGGAGGAGCUGUUUGGGGAUUAUGGGACGGAGAUUGAGCGGUUUUGGGGGGUUGGGGAGGGGGGGGAGAAGCAAGGGACGAACGGGGUAAAGGGGGCGGGGGACGGGGAUGAUUGUGGGUGUGCAAAAGAGGUGAAGAUGAAGCGCGAGUGGGGUGGAACGGAUGGGGAGGAGGGUGUGCGAGAGGGGGAUGUGAGGGAUGAGACAGACCCAGACCCCCCGACAACAUCAGAGGACGGAAACCCCACGACGGAACACGCACACAGCACGCCGCCACCACCACCACCGCCGCAGCCUGCGUCAACUGUAGCAGCGUCACCCACAUCACCCACAGCCAAACCAUCCCCGGCCCUGACGAGCACCUCGCACACGCCGCAGUCCGUCCUUGAAGGGCAGGCACGGGGACCGGCUUCUGUAGACGGUAAAUCCGUGGGGGAUGGGACGUGGGAAUGAGGGAUCUGAGCGCGGUAUAUAUCCGGUGCGGAAGAUAUGGAAGUUGGGACGUGUGGAUUUGUUGGAGCUGCGAUUCAUUUGCAUGUAUGAACAUGACAUGGGGCAGGGGUUAUAUUGAAAUUGUAUGACGUUGUACAGUACAUACAGGUGGAGCGGUAUAGUUCUACUUUAAAAGGGUAGUUGCUAACUACGCUACCCGUGUUUGCUAUCCACGCUACCCUCUAAGCACACAUACUCUAGAUCUAAUUGUUAAGUGCCCGAGG